UUAAUUAUUUAACUUUAUUUUUACCGAGUUUUCAAUGAAAACGUGACAAAAUGUUGUCCCGUAAAUUGCUAAACCUCCGCCUGGGUCACCUGGCACGCCGCUGGGCCAGCACCGACCCACUGAGCAUCCAGAACGAGAAGCUACAGGCCUAUUUGGAGUCACUGCGCCAGGAGUACUACGCCGUGCGGGUGAAUGCAUCGGGGAACAGCAAAUCCUACGCCCGCCUGGCCCAGCUGGAGGGCGUGGUCAGCGCCCUGGAGCAGCGACGCGUCCUGGAGCGCCACAUCACCAGCGCCAAGGACAUGGAGCUGGAGAAGGACGAGGAUAUGCGCCAGUUGAUGCGGGAGGAGAACGAGGUCUAUGCGGAUCUGCUGGACAAGCAGGAUGGCGCUCUGCUGCAGGAACUGCUCACCCUGUCGGAUGACGAGGUCUAUCCGGCACUGAUCUUCGGCCUGAAUGCCGGUGCCGGCGGCCAGGAGGCCAUGCUGUUCGCCCAGGAGCUGUACGAGAUGUACACCGGCUACUUUGAGCACAUGGGCUGGGAUUGGGAGGAGUUUGCCAGCGAGGGCACCGACCUGGGCGGUCUGCGACAUGCUAGCCUCAUGGUCAGUGGCGAGGAUGCCUUCCGCUGGCUGCGCUACGAGGCGGGAGUCCAUCGGGUGCAGCGUGUGCCGGCCACCGAGAAAUCUGGACGGAUGCACACCAGCACGGCCUCAAUUACAGUGAUUCCCCGGCCGGCAGACAUCCAAGUGCACAUCGCCGAGAAGGAUCUGAAGAUCGAGACGAAGCGGGCGAGUGGAGCGGGCGGUCAGCAUGUGAACACCACGGAUUCCGCUGUGCGCAUCGUCCAUCUGCCCACCGGUUUGGCGGUGGAGGCGCAAUCAGAGCGCUCGCAGCUGAAGAAUCGGGAGCUGGCCAUGAAGCGUCUGCGCUCGCGUCUAGUGCAACAGCAACUGGAGAGCGCGGAGGCCAGCAAAAUGGCUACGAAGAAGGCGCAACAAGGUAGCCUCAACCGCAACGAGAAGAUUCGCACAUACAAUUUCGUCCAGGAUCGGAUCACAGACCAUAGGAUUCAGGGCGGCACGCUGCACAAUCUGGAUGGUUUCCUCAAGGGCGGCGAGCAACUGAGUGGCCUGAUCGAGAAGCUGCAGCUGGAGCAGCGAAAGGAGCGACUGAAGGAGCUGCUGGAGACGUGGCAGCCGCCCAAGGAGGAGGUUAAGAAAAACUAGAGCUACCUUUGAUUGUUACUACAUUUAUACGCCUGUGU